AUGGCGAACUAUGACCUAAGUCAAAAGUAUAAAGAAAUUCUAAAACUAAAGGAAGAUGUACGAGAAACCAAUGCCAGAAUUCAGAAUUCUGUAGAUAAGAAAGAAUUUAGAUUAUGUAAAAAAUGUGCAGAAACAUAUACAGAGGAAUCAGAAAGACUAAUUAAAGAACUGAAGAAAACAGAGAGAUUCUGCAAUGAACACGGAUUCACAGAGGAAUACGCAUGCGCACACAUUCAUGCAGAUGGUUCCAACAUACUUCGGGCUAUCAGCAGCAGAGGGCGGAAAAACGGCGAACCAUUUGUCUGCCAAGUAUCGGAUAGCGCCUACGUUAGCAUGAAUUCACAGGAAUUAAGUCGAGACCGCGCUGGUAUCCCGGAGAGUGGAGAGACAACUCAUUAGAACAGUGUACUUCGGUCAUGGAAUGAUGAUCGGAAUUGUGGAAAACUGCAGAUAAAAUGUCUUUUGAAUAUUAAUUCUGGAUAGUGCUAAAAAACUGUAGAAUGCUUUAUAAUGAAGACCACUGUCUGGGUAUCGUCGUAAUAGAGAUGCUGUGUCUUUUAUCAUGAUUUUUUGGCACCAAAAUGCAUUGUUUACACUUGGAACGUAGAUAAUAUCGGGUAUUCCAUUGACCACUUUGAUUUGUAGCAUUUAACUGAAUCCCUUUUAUAGCUCAUACUAAACUUCACAUUUCAAUGGGUGCUGUUUUGCAUGGACAAGUGGAGUUCGAUUGUUAAUCUUUUCAUUUAUUUUUGGAAACUAACUGAACCCAUCUCACUAGAAUGAAUGAACAUGUAUG